GCCGCCGCAGCUCCGUAAAGCAAGAUGGCACUACUCACUCUGAGGCUAUUAUCUCCGUUUUAUAUCUAGUAUUCCUCUUCUCACCAGUUACUCUCGAUUUCCCUCCCGCGCCCUAAUUUUCUUCAGCACCACAUUCUCAUGUUUUUCUUUCAUUCAGCCUUGGUGGAGUAUGGUCUGGAGGCAACCUACGGCUAGCCUGAGCAACGUGGGGCACCAUUUUGUACGGAAACUGAAGGCAGGGCGGGGGAGUGUGAGGCCUCCCGAGGAGGCCCGGCUUGAGAGAGAGCGUGGGAGGGAGAGCGUUGUUCACCGAUGAUGUAUUUCCGCUUCUGGUCUGCCUGGUCGUUUUUGGUUGGAUCGGCUUGUUGCGGGGAGGGAGGGGGGAAGAUUGUUUGCAGCCUAGAGGCUCCGCGGACGGGAAGGUAAACUGAGCUCCCCAGAGACGCUCAUCCUACAGCCUCAGCUCGGGCCCAGCCUUCUCUCUCCAGCUGCCACCACAGCCUGGAGGCGCCUGCCUCCACCCUCCCGAAUGGUGCUCCUCCUAGCAGGCCUCGGCCCAGGAUCCAAGCCCCCUUUGCCCCCUGCCUUGGAGCUGUUGCUCCGGGUUUGUCACAGUGGACUCCCUGUGGCGGGAAGGGAAGAACUUUUGCACAGACAAGGCUUCAGCUCUAGGAACCCCACUGACAACUUGAAUCUCAACCUCUAACCUAGUGUGAGGUUCUUCCUGUGCCCACCUUUUCUGCCUUUUGAGAAGAGAAACUCUUCUCCUGGCCAUCUAGAGCCCAGGAAGCCCCAAGCUGGGGCCCUGGUCCCAGCAUGUCAGUCCUCUCUUGUGCAUAGGGCUCUGCCCUCCCCCUGUCAGCAUGGCUGAGCUCAGACAGGUUCCAGGAGGGCGGGAGACCCCACAGGGGGAGCUGCGGCCUGAAGUUGUAGAGGAUGAAGUCCCUAGGAGCCCAGUCGCAGAAGAGCCUGGAGGAGGUGGAAGCAGCAGCAGUGAGGCCAAAUUGUCCCCAAGAGAGGAGGAAGAACUGGAUCCUAGAAUACAGUAGUAACAACUUAUGCUGAGCCAUCCAAUCCAUUGAUGAUCUCGUCAGGAGCUGGAAGUUGAUGACUGGAAGCAUUUGAGGCCAUGGAAUCCAGUGGGGAUCCCGUCUUGGACUUUGAUUUGCCACAUGAACAUUGCAGGGUGGCCUUUACCAACUGACCCCACACAAUCAAUGUUUGUUGCAUUUCCAAUCCCUGUCCUUUUCCUACGUGGGCUGUGGUUUUCCUAGAUUACAGCACUUCUUUCUUUACUGAGAUGUCCUUCCAAUGGUGUCCUCAUUCCCAGGAGGGUGGUCACAGUGGAAGGAAAGUGAGAUCAAAGGUCGGUCCUGGAUCCAGACCCAAGUCUGUCACUAAUUUUCCGCCUGGUUGUUUCUCAUCUAUCAAAUGCAAAGUUGCUGAGAAAGAAUAUUCCAGCAGGAGGUGCUGAAAGAACUGGUCACUCGUCUCCCAGAUAGCCUAAAAGCCCCUGUAGGCCUCGUCAAGCCCCAGGAAGCUGGGCCCCCAGGGAGGAGGAGUUGGAGCACCUGAACCAGGCCAGCGAGGAGAUCAACCAGGUGGAACUACAGCUGGAUGAGGCCAGGACCACCUAUCGGAGGAUCCUACAGGAGUCGGCGAGGAAACUGAAUACACAGGGUUCCCACUUGGGGAGCUGCAUCGAGAAAGCCCGGCCCUACUAUGAGGCUCGGCGGCUGGCUAAGGAGGCUCAGCAGGAGACACAGAAGGCAGCGCUGCGGUACGAGCGGGCCGUAAGCAUGCACAACGCUGCUCGAGAAAUGGUGUUUGUGGCUGAGCAGGGCGUCAUGGCUGACAAGAACCGACUGGACCCCACGUGGCAGGAGAUGCUGAACCAUGCUACCUGCAAGGUGAAUGAGGCGGAGGAAGAGCGGCUUCGAGGUGAGCGGGAGCACCAGCGAGUGACUCGGCUGUGCCAACAGGCUGAGGCUCGGGUCCAAGCCCUGCAGAAGACCCUCCGGAGGGCCAUCGGCAAGAGCCGCCCCUACUUUGAGCUCAAGGCCCAGUUCAGCCAGAUCCUGGAGGAGCACAAGGCCAAGGUGACAGAACUGGAGCAGCAGGUAGCUCAGGCCAAGACGCGCUACUCCGUGGCCCUUCGUAACCUGGAGCAGAUCAGCGAGCAGAUUCACGCACGGCGCCGCGGGGGUCUGCCUCCCCACCCCCUGGGCCCUCGGCGCUCCUCCCCCGUGGGGGCCGAAGCAGGACCUGAGGACAUAGAGGACGGAGACAGCGGGAUUGAGGGGGCCGAGGGUGCGGGGCUGGAGGAGGGCAGCAGCCUGGGGCCCGGCCCCGCCCCCGACACCGACACCCUGAGUCUGCUGAGCCUGCGCACGGUGGCUUCAGACCUGCAGAAGUGCGACUCCGUGGAGCACUUGCGAGGCCUCUCGGACCACGUCAGUCUGGACGGCCAAGAGCUGGGAACCCGGAGUGGAGGGCGCCGGGGCAGCGACGGCGGAGUCCGUGGGGGUCGGCACCAGCGCAGCGUCAGCCUGUAGCCGAGGGGCCAGGGUUCCUGGCUUGAAUCUGCUACCACGGGCCGGUUGGGGCCCACAGUCUUCUCACGCCCUCUCCUCUGGGGCCUCGUCUUCCCGAAGGUCCCCUUCUCCAGUGCUUCCCUGGGAGAGGCCAGCUGUGUUCGAGUCCUCUGUGCCUGCCCUGGCGUUCUCACAGCCUCCCCCUUCCCCUCAGCAGGCAGCUCUCUUUGCCUUACCCAUUCAGAAGGCUUGCCCUCGGCGCUCUGUCUGCCUCUGCCUGCCAGCUCAUCACGAUCUGCAGGGCAUUGACCCUUUGCUUUCCCUUUCUGCUCCCUCUCUUUCCAUCUGUUUGGCUUUUUCCCUCAGGGAACUUGGUCUAGAAGGCACUGGGAAGCUCAUCAGAGAAAGUGGGUGCUGGGCCUGAGUACUCCCGUCGGAGGGGAUGGACAGUCACCCCUCCCGUUGGUUUCCAGCCCCGCCCCCCUUCCCAAGGCAACUCUGGAGGGUACCCUAGGUAUGCUGCUGAGCCCUGCCCCCCGUCCUGCUCCAGCCUGCCCGUGUGUAACCUGUAAGAUGUACUGUGUGCCUCCGGAAGACACCACCUUUCUCUUCAGCAUUCCCUUUCAUGACCUGAGGCACUCUGCGAUGUGUGCCCCAAAGCAGAACUUACACGACCUGUAGGAAGCUGGUGUCAGGGAGAGAAACCCAACCCCAUUGUCAACAUAGGGAGCAUCACCAACUCCAGACUGGCUCCUGUGGGGAUGGUGUUUCCGCUGGGCUGGGUCCUCACCAUUGCCAAGGUGCUAGUGGGUCCCUAACAGGGCCCAUGUUGGGGGUGAAGUCAUGAGGUCCUGAAGGCUUAGGCCCCUGUCAUUCCCACCCUCACUCUUGCUGCACAGUUGUGUUUACUUUUUCUGGGUAGAGGAUGCUGAACUGACUCAGCACCCUCCUGCAGGGCGGGGUUAGGGAAUUUGGUGCUCAAUUGCUCUCCCUUGCUCUUCCCCAAACUGAAAAUACCUACUGUAGGAUCCCUCGGGGCACACUGAAGCUUGGCUGCCAACCCUCUUACUUCCUUUGUUACAGGGAGGGGUUGGCUUGGGGUGAAAAGUUCUGCCCUCCGCAGGGAGCAGCUCCAGCUGCCUGGCAGUGCUCCCAGUGUGUAGGGAAGCCACACCAGACCUGGGUGCCUUGGGAGAACCGGUCCUUCCUUUUGACCCACCCCAGGAUGAUGGAGUGCUCUUUUCCAGGCCCAUGUUCUGCCAGCACCCGGGAUGAGUGGGCAACUGGACUCUGCACGGGGGUCUACAGGUUGAGGGAGGUUGGUCACAAUGAGAACCUCGGGGUUUGAGGUGGCCACGGGCAGACAGCCGAAAGGGAGGGAGGGUGUGGGUGUGCGUGUGUGCAUGUGCUGGUGUGUAAGGGGGAAAGGGUCUUUCCUGGUUUUAUUUAAAUAAAGUAGUUUAUGUAACAGUUAA